AUGGACAGAGGACAACAAAAAAGAAAGGUGAUCUCACUCAACGAGAAGGUGGACAUGAUUGAAGCAGUAUCGUCGGGAAGGAAGAAGCUUGACGUGGCAAGGGAUUUCGGCGUUUCACCGAGCACGCUCUACAUGUGGUUCCUGGACAUACGAGCAAGAAACAUCCGGGUGAGUGGCGCUACGUUGCAACAGAAAGCAAAAGAAUUUGCUUCCAUCCUCGGAUGUGACGAUUUUAAAGGCAGUUCCGGAUGGCUGCAGAGGUUCAAGAAUCGUCAUGACGUCGUUGGAAAAACUCUCAGCGGAGAGAGUAGGUCGGUAGACCAAGGCGAUGCCAGUGAGUGGAUAUCGACCCAUGCCUCUGACCUCUUGGCAAGGUUUGAUGUAAAAGACAUCUACAAUGCGGAUGAAACCGGUUUGUUCUAUCAGAUGCUCCCUAACAAAACUCUGGAUGUCAAAGGAGAUCGCUGCCAUGGCGGCAAACAGAGCAAACAGCGGCUCACCGUCCUGCUGUGUGCAAACAUGGAUGGGACGGACAAGCGGGUACCGUUGGUCAUCGGCAAAAGCGCAAAACCGCGAUGCUUCAAAGGACACUCGAUUAUUCCUAUGAAGUAUGCUUCGAACACCAAAGCGUGGAUGACGAGGGCCAUUUUCAGCGACUGGCUGAAAGAGUUCAACGAGGAAAUGCGCAGGAAAGGACGGAAGAUCUGCCUCCUCCUUGACAAUUGCACAGCACAUCACAUCGUCGGAUUGAACCUGCCACAUAUCGAGCUCAGGUUUUUCCCUGCAAACUCUACUUCUCUGCUGCAGCCCCUUGACCAGGGAGUGAUACGCAGUGUGAAGUGUGCGUACCGGGAGCGGCUCAUACAAAGGCUGCUGCUGAACCUGCGUCUCCAGGUCGAGACAAAAGUGGACAUCUACGUAGCCAUGAAGAUGCUGUCUGCAGCGUGGACAGCAACUCAACCAAGCACCGUUGCCAACUGCUUUCGUCAUGCAGGGUUCAAGCAAUGCGAAAGCAGCCAGGCCGCUCAAGAGUGUGACACGCUGAGCAGUGUUGCUGAUGCAUGGCAGGCCCUGCGGGGCGGUGUGCGGGACGAUAUUGAACUCGAAGACUUCAUUGACAUGGAUCAGGAUGUCGUCGCCACUGAAGAAUUAGCGGAACGUGACAUCGUCGACAGCGUUCGUGAGGAAGGUGCAGUCGAGUGUUGUGAUGAUGACGAUCACGACGUGGAGCUUUCUGUACCAACACAGCGUGAAGUGCUCGACGCCAUUGAUGUUCUCAGGCGGUUCGCAGGCGCCCAAGACAACUUGGAAAAGGCCAUGGAGGCUGUGUCAGUAUACGAAAGGCAUGUGAUGCCCUGUCUAGUACGCGCAACCCAAAGCAAAAUAACAGAUUUUUUUGUGUCCAAAUAA